CAUAUAAUUUUGAAAAAAAUUAUAAGACAAAAUAAUGAAACAAUAUGAAAAUGUUAAAUUCAUUGACAGAAUUGAUCAAAGUACUAAGUCAAUUGUAGACGAACAAUCCAAAGCCCAAUUUAUUAUGGUUAUAAUUCAGUCUCAUUCAAUAUUCGACCGACUUUCAUCCAUGGAAGUUUCUAAAAAUUUUAAGGAUAAUAAAAUCAUAUUUCAUUUUAUUUCUUUUUAAAGAAGUCAAUUGUUUUAGAAAUUCAAAAAUGUGUUCAUGAAUUUUAGAUAUUUUUUUAAAACUACUUAAAUAAAUGAAAAAGUCAAACUUGAAAUAUCCAUAAUUUGACUAAUAAUACUUUUCUAUAUAGUGCCGUAAAAAUUAAACGAUAGUUUCGUAGUCAAGACUUCAAGACAAAAAAUUAAAUAGCUUAUUUUUUAUAUUUCUCUUAAACUUUAUAUAUAUGUAAACAUAAAAAUAAACGUAUAUGUUAAUUUACAUUUUAUAUAAAAUUAAAAUAACUCUUUAUCAUAAUGUUAAUCAACGCGGGUAUCUUAAAUAAUAAAAUUCAUUUAAAUAAAAGUAAUUUAAUUGAAAAAUUUAUUGUUAAUUUUAGACAUUGUAUAAUUAGUUUUCCCAUCACAAACACACACCCGCAUACUCAAUCAGCAAACUCUAUAAAACGGUAUAAAGACUAGUGUUUCAUUAUUAAUGCAUUACAGGGGUGUAUUUUGCUUUAUUAUCCGAGGGUAAAUUCGCGAAUCUCCGUCGACACGUGCGCGAGCGUGGGCGCGUGCGAGCGCGACGCCGCGUCGGACCGGUGAUUCCUUCUCUCGGGCCGGCGCUUGGACGCGCCUUCAGUCGCGUUCCGCGCGUCGUACGAGCGAGUGUGUCUUUACUCGCAUUCUCCUCGCAGGAUCACUUUUAUCCUUUAUCUAUCCGUUUGUCCGAAUGAUACGUGACGAAAUGCAAGUUUGAGAUCAAAGAGACAAAAAAAAGGGAAAAAAAAGCGAAAUAAACGUAUGAAACAAACUGCGUGAUUGUUAGCAAAAUUUCCUCGAAACAGCAUUGAAAACUAUUGAUUUUCAGAAACAAAAAAAAAAAAACGUCGAUGCUCGUAUCCGUCGAUCAAGAUCGUUGGAGAGAGCGAUUUGAUACCGCCGAUAAUUCGCUUCGUGUACAUGUGCUGCGAAACAGAUCGAGAUCGACAGACAGUGUUUUUGCGUUUAGUGGAGAAACAGGUCUUUCUCAGGUACGGUUCACAUCUCUCCCACGGACAUAGCUGCGAUGACUUUCUCAUGACUCGCAUUGAGACGUAUCGCAAAUAAAGUUCGGGCUCCCUUGGACGGCCAUUGGAGAUAUCUUUCAUGGAGAAAGAAACGAACUGUUCUCUUUCAGAACUUAAGAACUCGAUACCAGUGAGUGCAAUCGUAAACAAGUGAUGUUUAAUUUCGUGCUGGCCGUGUGGCCAUAACUCUCUUCAAAAACUGGCAUGUGCAUUAUGUGCAGCGAUGGUAUUCGCGCGGAACACACGCGUAUUUCUUCGAGUUUCCAGCAUAUUCGGACUGAGUCGUUCAAUUAUCCCUUUAAAUAUUCCUAGCGCAACGAGUGAAUCGUGGAGGAUCAGAAACGGGACGUCGCGGAACUUCCUGUGUUCUCCCAAGUGCCCAGGAUAAUUAACGGAGGUCCACCUCAAAUCAUCGCGGGUGCGUCGUCUCAGAAACGAGGCCGGUCAACAUUUAACCGACGACAUGACCCUUUCACGGGAAGCACACGGUGCAAAAACCUGAGCGGCGAUCGUGCGGAUAUUGUCGAUCGGAACAAUCAUGUUCGGGGACGCAAACGAAGUGCGGAUCGACGAUUGGAAUCUGACGGUCGGUUUCGAUCUGGAGCGCGUCGGAGAAUUGGGGAACGUUACCGACGAGCUCUAUCCCUUGCCGGAUUACAUCAAUGUUACAUCGCUGCCUGACGUCAAUACGACGGAGCAGAUUGAUUCAUUUUACUUCUACGAAACGGAACAAUUUGCGGUACUAUGGCUACUGUUUGCAGUGAUAGUCGCCGGUAAUACCGCAGUCCUGGCCGGACUUCUGCUGGGAAAACGCAGAAAAUCUCGAAUGAAUUUCUUCAUUAUGCAACUGGCAUUUGCCGAUCUACUGGUCGGUCUAAUAUCCGUGCUAACGGACAUAAUCUGGAAAACCUCUAUUGUGUGGUACGCAGGCAACAUAGCUUGCAAACUGAUAAGAUUUAUGCAGGCGGUAGUAACCUACAGUUCGACCUACGUCCUAGUGGCUCUAUCAAUUGACAGAUAUGACGCCAUUACCCGACCGAUGAACUUCUCCGGCAGCUGGUGGAGAGCUCGAGUUUUAGUAAUUACAGCUUGGGCACUAUCAGCGUUGUUCAGUAUGCCGAUCAUAUUUCUAUACGAAGAGAGACGAGUACAGGGUACGAUGCAGUGCUGGAUCGAUUUGAGUCCGACCCAGUGGAAGAUCUACAUGAGCCUAGUGAGUUUUAGCCUUUUUAUAGCGCCCACCAUGAUAAUAGCAGGUUGCUAUACGGUCAUUGUGGUUACGAUAUGGUCACAAGGAUCAGCGCUACGUCAGGGACCUACCAGAGAUACUCGGAGGGCGUCUUCGAGGGGUCUUAUUCCCAGGGCGAAAAUCAAGACCGUAAAAAUGACCUUCGUCAUAGUAUUCGUAUUUAUCCUCUGCUGGAGUCCAUACAUAGUCUUCGACCUCCUUCAAGUAUACGGACACGUACCAAAGACUCAGACGAAUAUCGCGGUAGCUACCUUCAUACAAAGUUUGUCAUCGCUCAAUUCUGCUGCUAAUCCAAUCAUCUAUUGCCUCUUCAGUACUCCUUUCUGCAAAACAGUACGGAACAUGCAGGCAAUCUCCUGGAUUUCGAGAUGGUGCCCGACGAAUUCGCAUCACUGCUUCGGUACCGGAGCGACGAAUAGCAGUACGAGGACGACCGUGACGACAUCCUUAACGGCUCAUUCCUCCCGCAGAAGCGGACACUUUACUAUGUUGAAUUCUACGUCACGAAAACGCGUUAUGGUUUCUUUGGUUUAAAGAUGUGAUUUUCCAAAAAAGACGAUUGCACAGAUUUUGUUUGUAAAUUGAUAUUCUAGACUGAUAUCCGGAGCGGACUUGAUAGUUAAUUUGCUUGUACUAGCAAUUAAAUCAAUUAUUAUAGGGAGUAAAAUCAUUUUCUUGUACGAAUAAUUCAGAAAGAUCAACAAUUUGAUUUUUAAAAAGUUUUAUUUGAAAAUAUAUACCAAAUACAUCCAGUUUUAUUUGAAAAUACUGAUCAAAUAUAUCCAAGCCAGAUUUGUAAUAAAUUUUCAAAAAGAAGAAUUGAAUAACAAGCGAUUUCUCAAAAGCUUUCUUACCAUUGAAGUUUCCGCUUUUGUGAUAUUUGCUUUAACGUAUCGCUUUUAUGCAUAUCUUUUCCACAAAGACCAAUUUUCAAGGAUUGCAGAAAUUUAUGUAAGUAGUACUUUCAAUAAUGACGACUAUCAAUUUGACAACAUAACAAUUACUUUAAUUUAGAAAUAAAAUUAAUUUAGAAAUAAGAUUAGUAAUCCGGUGUAAUAAUUGACAGUCUCCAAUUAAACAUAAUAAUUUUAUAUUUCUUUACAUAAAAUAUAUCGGUUAUUACAAACGAAUGAUCUCAUACUACAUAAUAAUGUUACAUAACACGAUAAUUUUAUUUCGUUUAUUAUAGCGAAAAUAAAAGACUUGAAAACAUUUGUGUCACAAUUCUAUUAUAAAGCUCUCCAAUUUGAUUAAAAGCUGUCAAAUUUAGUUAACUAA